GAGAGAGAGAGAGAGAGAGAGAGAGAGAGAGAUACUAUUUGUUCCCAAAGUGACAUCCACAAACAAACAUCCAGACAAAAGAUUCACAAACAAUAGUCACUGUGAAAGAACACUGACAAGAAACAAAGAAACAAGUAACACUGUGGUGCUGCUCCUCUCCCUUGUCCUCUCCCUCUCACUCGCUCCCUCUCCCUCUCUCUCUCUCUCUGUUAAUCACGAGUGUACCUCAUAGGAAACGAAAUUUGUGUUUACGCAGGAGAAACUCAGAGACCUGUGCGUGUGUGUGUGUGUGUGUGUGUGUGUGUGUGUGGGCGGCAGGUGCGCACCAUGCAGACAGCGUGGACAGGUGUGGCCCAGGUGAAGGCGGGAGCUAAUCCUCCUGACAGAAAAGGUAGCGGCGUUAUGGAGGCAGUGACGGGGAGGCGGGCGGCGCGGAGGUCCCAGUCGCUUAUGCCUGAGGGAGCGUCCGAGGUGCGGCGCGCUGGCUACUCCCUCACACUAAGGCAGGGCGGGUUUCGAUCUCUCGUCUUGGGCAAGGGUUUGGAUCUAGCGGCCCAGCAUGACUUGGCAGCGGCGUUUGGGCAGGAUUUUCCAAAGUCGCCGUCUACUUUGCCGCGAAGGAGCAAGGCUAAGGUGUCGCUGCACAAACACCUCGCCGUCACCACCUCGGACCCCACAGGCGCUUCCAGCCGGCAGUGCGCGAGCUGCGGCGGUCACCCCGACCAGUGCCUCAGCGCCUUGGGACUCUUCGAGGCGUGCGACCCACACCACCACCACCCUUCCUACAGGUCCGCCACUACACCCAAACGCACCCAUUCCCUCCUCCGCCGCUCCCGCCCCCCAACGCACGCCCCUAGAAGACCCUCCCGCAGCCUCACAUCAAGGCACAAACCGAAGUCGAUCCUGGAGGAGGGCGGGGAGGGCGGGGAGGAGGCAAGCACCCCGGACAGUGAGGUGCAGACCCCAGACAGCGAGACGUGCACUCCAGGCAGCGCGGCGGGCACCCCAGUUAGCGGUUCGCCGACUCCGGACAGUAGCAUACACACGCCGGAGGAUAAUAUAGGGCAGGAAAAGCGGAUUAAAGAAGGGAAAACGAUACCUCGCGCCCUAAGACUCCUUGAAAUGCGAUCGGCGACCCUCGGGAAGGAGGAAGACGAGCGGGAGGCGAGAGCAAGGCGAGGGGAAGCGGCUCAGGCACGAGGCGGUGGUGCCAUUGAGGGGAAAGCAGAUCCCGGCCUCCUUAGCACCAUAAGACGAUUGAGCAUCUAAGAGUCUUGUAAAGGAGGCAUAAAAAGAGGGAAAAACGGGGCACAUUAAGACUGAAGGGUAUAAAGAGAGUGGGAAGGUAGUGAUGAAAAGACAGGUAAUUGGAGAGAAUGUAUAGAGUUUGUGAUGUAUAUCAAAUAGUAUCUGAAAGUUGUUGUGGUAGAAGGAGCGGAGAAAAAUGGAAAAGAAAUAGGCGGGAAGAUCAAAUAGAGAGAAGUAUACAGUUGAUAGGAAAGAAUUUACAGUGUACAGAAGUAACAGCUAAGAGAUCUUACAGAGAACAGAAAAGUGAGGACAGGAAGAGAAAGGAAGGUUGUAAGAGGACAAGAACACACACGGAGACAGACAGAGAGAGAGAGAGAAAAAAAAAAAAAUCAAGAGGUGGUGAAGAAGAAUGUAGAAUGUACAGGAGUAUUACUUCAAAGGUCUUACAGAGAGAGAGGGAAAAUGAGAAAAGAAACAAAAGGAAGGUUAUGACAGGAGGGAAACCAAUUGAACAGGCAAAACAAGAACUGAUGCAGAAGAAUCUGGAAUAUACAAAGAAGGGAAAAACGAGAAAAGGAACCAAAAAAGAAAAAUAAUAUUAUAAGACAGCAAGCAAGAACCGGGGGGGAAGAAUUUAGCAUGUAAAGGGAAACUUAGGUACAGUGUCUCGACUUAACCUUAAGACGUAAAUCAUUAGUUAUACGCAGAAUAGAUAAAGAAGAAUAGGAACAAACUGUAGAAUGAAAUGACAGAUGAGAAUUUUAGCAAGUAAAUAGGAAAGUAAAA